AAUAAGGAUCGAAUGUUCGGUUGAGGCCAACCCCCAGAAGACGUUAUGCAAGAGAAAAGAUUGCCGUUUUGGAUUUGGUUUCAAGAUUUCCAUGAUUCAGAUUGAAUUUUCAGAUAAGUGAUUUCUCUGGAGGGAUCUUCAUUGUUCUGCGGCAGAUUGGAUUAUGUGCAAUGCAGAGGUCACGAAGAGCUCUUCUCCAAAGAAGAGCAUUGGAGGAAAUGAUCUGGGGGAGAAAGUUUGUCUACGAAGUAUCUCUUUAUCUCGUUGUUGCUAUAUGGGGCCUUGUCAUCUUGUCGAAUUCCUGGAUAAGCCAUGGUGCCCUUUUCAAAGGUGAGUCUGGAGAGGUUAGCAUAAGAACUUUGGAUGAAGAUAAACUUGGAUUUGAUGCAGGCAGUAAUGCUGUUUUUCCCGCAGGUGAAAAACCCUCGGACACAAUCAGUUCUGAACAGUUGGACGAGGCUUCACAUAAAGUGAUGACUGGAAAGGAGAACGUUCUUAGUGAAUCACAAAUCAGUUUGGAGAAUAUAAACGCAAUAAAUGGCAUUGAAGAGCAAGCGUGUGCUAGGAAAUUGGGUACUGCAAAUUCAGAAUUGGAAGUUCCCAAGUCCGACAGAUUUUCUCACACAAUCCCUGUAGGCCUUGAUGAGUUCAGAAGCAAAGCAUUUAACACUAAAGCUCAGGAAGAAAGUGGUCAGGCUGGAAGUGUCACCCACCGGAUGGAGCCGGGAGGGGAAGAGUACAAUUACGCUUCGGCUUCCAAAGGAGCCAAGGUCUUGGCGUACAACAAGGAAGCGAAAGGUGCUUCUAAUAUCUUGAGCAGAGAUAAAGACAAAUACCUCAGAAACCCGUGCUCUGCUGAGGAGAAAUUUGUUGUCAUAGAACUCUCGGAAGAAACUUUAGUGGACACAAUCGAAAUAGCAAACUUCGAGCACUACUCGUCCAAUCUGAAGGAUUUUGAGCUUCUUGGCAGCCCUGUUUAUCCGACUGACACAUGGGUCAAACUCGGAAAUUUUACUGCAGGAAAUGUCAAGCAUGCUCGGAGGUUUGUUCUUCCACAGCCAAAAUGGGUGAGAUAUUUGAAAUUGAAGCUUCUGAGUCAUUACGGUUCAGAGUUCUACUGUACAUUAAGUGUUCUGGAAGUGUAUGGAGUUGAUGCUGUUGAGAGACUGCUUGAGGAUCUUAUAUCUAUUUCCGAUAAGUUGUUCUCAUCUGAUCAAACAAGUAGUAAACAAAGAGUUGUAGAAACCCCGCAUCCAUCCCCCGAAGUUGAGCAUAACAAAAAUACAGAAACCGAUCCUGUGCUUGAAAGCUCGGAUACCAAACGCAGAUUGCUGGCAAAUGGUGCCCCUGAUCAAACCGAGGAAUUUCGUCCUCAACACAUAAACAGGAUGCCCGGGGAUAGCGUUCUUUUAAUUCUUAUGAAAAAAGUUCAAUCUCUGGAUAUAAAUUUGUCAGUUCUGGAACGGUAUCUGGAAGAGUUGAAUUCUCGAUAUGGAAAGGUUUUAAGUGACUUUGACAAUGACAUAGUAACGAAGGACGCCCUUCUGCAGCAGAUCACAUCAGAUAUAAAGAGUUUAUCAAAGAGCGAUGUGGCAAUGAGCAAGGAGAUCAAUGAUCUCCUAUCUUGGAAAUCCAUCGUUUCCAUGCAGCUGGAGACCAUAAUCCGGGACAAUGCUAACCUCAGACUUAAAGUGGACAAGGUGCGGAAGAAUCAAGUACAUAUGGAGAGUAAAGGAAUCGUUAUACUUAUUGUAUGUUUAUUAUUUGGGAUCUUGGCAGUUGUGAGGAUGUUCAUACAUUUGGUGUUUGCCAUUUUUAGAUCUGAGAAUUCCAGGAAAUUUUGUGCCAUUGAUUCUUCCUGGUUUUUCCUACUGCUGAGUUGUAUCACCACAGUAAUCAUCUUAUCCUUGUAAAAUUUGUCAAUUUUUCCAGAGUUAUAUACAUACAUCCACUUCUUCUA